AAGCGCAGGUGCGCACUUCUGCAUCUUCAUUUCGCAGAGAUGGCAGUGAUCUAAAACUAUCAAGGACUGAAAACCACCACAAAAAAAGCCAAAGAAGAAAACAAAGGAAACUCUCAGACGAGGAAGAUCAUUCUGCAUCAACUUAAAGCUUCUGAUCAGCAGAUAAAAACAUGGAAUCCAGCUCUGGAGAAAUGGACAAAAAUGGAGAGGAACUCACAGGAAGGAAGAAAUCACGUUUUAAGCAGCUGAAGACACGUCUCUUUGGGAAACUGAAGAAAAAGGAAAGCGAAGGGCUGAUUAAGCAAAGCCAGUCUGCUAGUGACAUCACGGCUCCAGAGGGCAGAAGAGAAGGCUACGACUCUGAAGACGAGUUUUCGUUCCCGCAGGGUCUGAGCUCCAGGGCGCUUUCCCAUGACAGCAUCUUCAUUACAGACCAGACCCCGUCCACAGAACCAACACGGGUCCUUUCACAAGAAAACGUUCAUGGCAAAAUUAAGGCAUUACAAUUGAAACUACAGCAGCAGAACUUACAUCUAGGUCCUCCUCCAAUGCUGAUUCCUGGUAAACGCAUAGAGGACUCAGGAACCACUUCAGAGGACGAUGGUUUACCUUGCAGCCCACCUGAGAUGUCCUUCCAUGAGCGAGUCAUGCAUGGAGCAGUUUACAAGUAUCCCGAAUCUCAGAAACAUCUGAGCUCUCUGAGCUUAGCAGGAACAGGAAGCGAAGAAGAGGAGCAGGGUGAUCCUUUACAGCCAUCAUCAAGACCUCUAUCUCCAGUCUCCAAACUGUCCCCUCAGCCAAUCAUCUGUCUCGCCUCAGCCUCGACCACGCCCACUGCAGGAGCUGACUUCUGUAGCCCUGCAGGUUUCAUGUCCAGGUUGGAUAACUCAGCUGCCCGUCACCGCAUGUCAGUCAAACCAAGGAACCAACGAGCCAGUACAAGAGGAAAACGAGUGCCAACGGUAUCUCUUUCUCCCAGGCAUCGUUCAGAAAGCAUCAGUGAUUUGGAUAAUGUUCUGUCUGAAGAAGACGAUGAAACCAUGACGUCCACUGAGACAGUAAACCAUUACUUGUACUCCUCUCCGAAUUUGGAGCUAACAGAGAAACCCACCACUCCAGAACCUACAGAGACAAUUCUGGAAAAGUCUGCACAGGACCAGGAGGAGAACCCUAACAGAACUGAAAUCAAUUUCCCAUCUCUGGGUGUUGAAAUCCUGAAGUCAGAAGAGUCUCUUGAAACUGAGGGGAAAGUCACCACAAACCCUCUUUAUUUGCAGCCUAUGUCCUUUAGCUUGAUCUCCUCAGGUCCACUGUCACUUUCAGGACUUCCAGAAUCUACAGCAGCAUCAAGAGAAAUAGAGUCAUUGAGAGCCCAUUCACCUAUCCAGACACAUGAUAGAAAUUAUAUCCAGAUUCAGACAAGUGAGAAUCAUGUGUCUGACACAGAGAAAAAGGAAAGCAUCCAAGAGGAAGCAACAUUUAGACCACAUCCUGUACCUCUGCCUCGCUUAAAAAAGCACAAAAUGGAAAUAAGGAGCCCUCCGUCUCCAAAAGGAGUUGAGGAGGCCUCAACGAAACCUUGGGAAGCUGAAGUCGAAAUUGCACCUAACACUGGAUCAGUUCAGUUUUUAAUUGCAUCUGCAAAGUAUCGCUCCAGAACAACCAGUGAGACAAAGCAGAGUGAGGGUCAUUUGAAAGAUUGUCCAGGAAUCAAGACCCAACCCAUCAAACCCAAUCCAGAGUCGCAGAACGAUGAAGUGAGAGAAACAAAACCAACAGAGCUCCAGAAUCUCCUCCAUCAAACGCAAGAGAGAAAAAGCAGUUUUCGUAGAGAAGUACCACCACCUGUUAUGUCCAAACCAACAACAGGAACCAAUCAUAGGAAGGCAGACAGCGCUGCAGAACAUGUGGAAACAGAGAAACUGGAGGAACCUGAAGACAGGAAGAGUGCUUUUGGGGUGCAGCUCCGCACAACCUCUCUGUCACUGAAAUAUCGCUCGGAGGUUUCCAAAAUCAAGGAUGAAACCAAACGGUACAGUUUAGAGUCUAAUACAGUGACAGAAGUCUCAGAAGAGCAUGCUGGGAAAGCAGAAACCUUUAGGAAUAUGUGUGACAGCAAUUCCAAGAGUAAACCUAGUGUUCCCAAAAAACUAGAUUCACAGAGCCUGGACUUUCCGCUUGCCGCCCAAGACUACGGAAGACCAUCUAUCCAAAACACAACAGGAGCAAGUAAAGAGGCUGUGUCUGAGCCGGGCUGGAUGAGUCUAGCCAGAGAGAAGACCAGAGCCUACCAGCCAUUCUUGGGCAGAUUAGCCACAAAUCAGUCACCAGUCCACCCUACAUCUCCAACAUCUCCUCCUGCACAGCCUCCCAAACCAGCCUUACAGCCUAAAACACAGCUACUGAGCACCUCGCUUCAUCCACUGAAAACAGCCUGCCUACAGACCUCACCGAGACCUCCAGCAAAACCAGCACCUGGAGGAACAAAAGACUGGCAGGACAAAGGCAGGAACAGUACAGCAGAAGAUGACUCAACAAAGAGAGCAGCAAGACCCAUAGCAUCUAACAACAACACAGAAGUAGCACUUACUGUCACAUCUGAGCCUCCCGCAACCUCAUCAUCAUCAUCACCAACAGACGUCUCUCCGCAGCAGCAGCAGCAGCCACGGUCAGAUGGAGCUCAGCCGUCCUGGAUGGAGCUCGCCAAGAGGAAGUCUUUAGCCUGGAGUGACAAAACUUUAGAAUUGAGCUGAGACAUUCAGUGAUGAACUCUGAAUGAAUGAAUGUAAUACUGUGUGUGUUUGU